AUGAAAAGUGAUGUACUAUUAGCUUCAUUUACUAUUUUCCUUUCUCUGGCUCACAUUGUCAAUGGUGAUGCCAAUGUAGUUCAACAAACAUGUAGCAGAACACCAUCCCCAGACCUAUGCAUGGCAUGUAUCUGGCCGGACCCGGCAAGGCCAUCAGCAGACCGCUGGGACCUUGUUAAGAUAGUUUGCAGGUGCGGCAUCAACAAUGGAAUACUGAUGGAAAACUACGUGGGAAAGUUGGCACAAGAAGGUCCAUUUGAUCGUAUGAAAGAUGCUCUAGAUAAUUGUAGUCGAAUGAUCCCACAGGCUACCUCGCAUCUUGGCACUGCCAUUCCGAAACUUUAUAAGAAGAACUUCAAGCAAUUUGUGGAUGAUGUGAACAAUGCUGAGAAUCUGGUUUUGGGUUGUUAUGAUUUGUUCCAGCCGUAUCCCGUGAUUCUUGAAUCACUACCUGCUUUUCUUGAUAAAGGUCCUCAUAUUGUUUCUUUGUCUGAUUCUGACAUUUCAGAUGAUGAAGCCAAUGAAGUUCACGUAAGUCGUACGCAGCGGAAUAUUUAG